UAUUAUCCCCUAGCUAUAUAUGGGCUUAACGAAAUCGACAAUAGUUUUGGGCUUGUCUACAUAAGCGAUUGAUUAAAAUAAAUGAAAAAUAAAAUUCAAAAAAAUCGACUAAUAGAAUUAUAACAAUUUUUCUGAGAAGCUCUACAUUAGUACCGUGUCAGUAGAAAUCACUAAAGUGACUUUUCUUUUAAUGUAUAGGAGAAUGCGAUUGAAUAUACACUGUACAUGUCAUCCUAAUCAAUCACAUUAAUGUCGACAGAAAGUUUUAGACGUCAUGUUUGUAUAAAAGGUCUCGGUGAUAAUAAGUUUACUUUAAAAGCAGAGGUGAAUUAUAUAAUAUUUACUAGGCGAGUUGAAGAAAUCACGGAACUCGAGUAGGUUAGUAGAGGGUCGGAACCAAGCCGAGUUCAGUUGUAACUUGUAAGUAUUGAGCAGUACAAAUGGUACCAUGUCUUUAAAUCAUUAUCUCAUACUACUACAAUAACAAUUUAUCUACUAUAAUCGCAAUUAUAGUAGGAGCUUUUGGAAUGUUUUGACUAGCAGGUGUUAUUUAAGGAUAGUAUAUAUAUAAAUUAGAGUUUUUGUGACCUGAAUAAAGAAAGAAAGAUCUCAAAGAAAUUUAGUCAAAAAGAAAAAAAAAAAAAGAUCUCAAAGAAUUGGAAGUAUUUGCUGAAUUGAGAAAGCUAAACCUAGAUAGAAAUUAUAAAAGUUGUACUAUGGUAUUUGAAUUUUCAAAAGUAAAACUAUUUGAUUUCUCUUUUCCUUUCCGAGGAGGAAAACAAAAGAUAGAAUACAUCUUUUCGACUUCCAACACUCAACCGUUCGUUUCCCUCCUUGCAAUAUUUCUUCAUCUUCUUUUUGGAAUAAAUGUAUCUCUCUCUGUGUAAAAAGCUCUAAUAAAUAUUUGCAUAGAAUUGGAAGAAACUGAGAAGUCUUGUGAUUGCAGUGAGAGUUAAAAAAUAAUGCAGCGACUGUGGGAAGUGAAGGAAAAGAAGACGAAGAAGGAGAGAAUCAUCAAAGGAAGAGAUCUAGUGGAUGUUGUCUUCUCAUGGUCUGUUCGUGAUGUCCUCAACUCAAAUCUUUACAAAGGAAAGGUUGAUAAGAUCCCUAGCACAUUCCAGUCAAGCAAAGAGUAUUUUAAGUCAUUUGUUAAUCCGAUCAUCGAAGAGACACAUGCUGCUUUGUUGUCAAGUAUGGAAACUCUGAGACGAGCACCAGCUUUCAAAGUUUGGGAAAUCAAGCCAGCCAAAGAUUUUAAACCUCCCAAGAAUCUUUAUUACGAGGUUACUUUGCAGACAGUGUCUGAUAAUACGACCAACGGAGAUCGGAAACUGUUGGAGUUCAAUGAUCUCAUUGCAGUGACUGAUAACAAGCCUUAUAGAAUCGAUGACUUGAGAUGUUCCAAUGAGCCUUACUUGCUGGCUCUUGUUUGUGGAGUGAACGAAGAUAACCCACAUUUGAUUACUAUUUUGGCUUCGAAACCCAUCGUUUUCGAAGAAGAUCACAUGGAAACAAGAAAGAAAGGCAAGGGUGUGAAGAGAAGCCUAAGCCUCUUUGGUGUUUAUUUGACCAACAUGAUGACCAAUAUUCGUAUUUGGACCGCCUUGCAUCCAGAUCCUGAAGGUGGAAACUUAAACCUUAUAUCUAAAGUACUUCAAAGCAACAAUGAGGUUGGUGGUGAAAAUUGUGUUUCUUGCCAAGAAAACAGUGAGAAUAUUAUGCCAAAUCACUUAGAGAAAAGUCUCCGUUCUUUCAAACUGAAUACAUCUCAGGAGGAAGCGAUUUUGCGUUGUCUAGAAGCCAAAAACUGCCGCCACUCCAACAACAUCAAACUUAUAUGGGGACCACCAGGGACCGGGAAGACAAAAACAACAAGUGUUCUGCUUUUAAACCUCUUUAAAAUGAGAUGCAGGACACUGACUUGCGCUCCAACUAACAUAGCCGUUCUGGAAGUUGCUUCAAGGGUUGUGAAGUUAGUCUCCGAGUCGUUGAGGCUUGGUGGGUACGGUCUUGGAGACAUUGUCUUGUUUGGCAACAAAGAAAGGAUGAAGAUAGAUAAUGAUCGGGAGGACCUUUUCGAUGUUUUCCUCGAUUACCGAGUUGAUGAGCUCUACGAUUGCUUUCUUGCUUUAACUGGAUGGAGAGCAAAUGUUAAACGCAUGAUCUCUUUGCUCACUGAUCCAAAAGAAGUGUAUAACCAAUCCUUCAUCGAGAAGGACAAGCGUCCUUCGUUUAAACAGUUCGUAGAAAAGAGGUUUAGUAAACUCAGGACGGACUUGCGUUCUCAGUUCUCAACUUUGUGUCUGCAUCUACCAACCGCUUCGCUCUCCUUUCAAGUUGCUGAGAAAAUGAAUGCCACUAGUGAUCUCCUUAGAACUAUGAGUGUUUCAGAUGUUAUCUCCAAGAAAGAAGAUACAAGAAAGCAAGAAUGUGUGGAGAUGUUAGGAUCGAUUUGCGAAAGCAUUGAACUUCCUGAUUUUAUAGGGAAGUUAGGACUUCAAAGACUCUGCUUAGAAAACGCGUAUCUGAUGUUCUGCACAGCGUCGAGCUCCGCCAAGCUACACAUGAGCUGUCCAAUACAACUUCUCGUAAUCGACGAAGCUGCUCAGUUGAAAGAAUGCGAGUCUGCGAUCCCAUUGCAGCUUCCAGGGCUUAAGCACGCUGUUUUGAUUGGUGAUGAGAAGCAGUUACCUGCGAUGAUACAAAGCAAGAUCGCUUCGGAGGCUGAUCUUGGGAGGAGCUUGUUCGAGAGAUUGGUUCUGUUGGGGCACAAGAAGCAGUUGCUGAACAUGCAGUACCGGAUGCAUCCUUCUAUUAGUAUUUUCCCGAAUAAAGAGUUUUAUGGUAUGAAGAUUUUGGAUGCUCCUUCUGUUAGAGUGAGAAGUUAUGAGAAACAGUUUCUCCAUGGGAAAAUGUAUGGGCCUUACUCUUUCAUCAACGUGCCCUAUGGAAGAGAGCAGUUUGGACAAGGGUUCAGUUCGAAAAACAUUGUUGAGGUAUCUGUUGUGGAUGAGAUUUUGUCAAAGCUUUACUCAGGUAUAACACUAAUCUUGAUUGGUUUUUUAAAGUUGGUGUCUGAUAAUGUGAUACUAAUUAAUCUGGCAGUAUCAAGAAAGUCGGGAAGAUCGAUAAGUGUUGGUGUGAUUUCACCUUACAAGGCUCAAGUGUUUGCAAUUCAAGAAAAAAUAGGCCAAAAGUAUGAUACGAGUGAGAAAUUCACAGUGAGUGUUAGGUCUGUUGAUGGGUUUCAAGGUGGUGAAGAAGAUAUUAUAAUAGUCUCAACCGUUAGGUCCAACGGUAGAGGAGCAAUUGGUUUUUUAUCUAACCAACAAAGAACCAAUGUUGCACUCACACGUGCGAGAUUCUGCUUAUGGAUUCUUGGAAACGAGUCGACUUUGACCAACAAUAGAUCAGUAUGGAGUCAGUUAGUAGAUGAUGCUAAGGCACGAGACUGUUUUCAUGACGCAUAUGAUGAUGAAUCAUUAGCUCGGUGUAUUAAAAGAUCAGCAACAGCCCUUGAUGAUCUUGAUAAGCUUCAGAACAAUAAGCUUCUUUCCUUUGAGAAUUCGACAUGGAAGGUCAAGUCUGGCUUAAAGAAUGACAUUAUAAGCCAUAUAUCAAGAUCGUUUGCGUUGCUGAACGUUGUGGAUGAAACCGAGGCACCGAACCAAUCAAGCAAGACUUCUUUGAUGAAUCUUUUCGUAAUUCUGGAAUUUUUGUAUAAAUGCAGUUCUAAUCGUAGUCGCUAAUUUUUGUUUCUGUUUUGCAGGAAACAAUCGAAGCUGAAGCAUGUGUGGAAGAUUAGAAGAAAGGUUCAACUCCAAAGAUCUUAAGACAGUUUAUCCUUAAAAGUAUUUCCCGAGUAUCAAGAAGACUUAAUUCUUUCCUUUCUUCCUUUUGUUUUAUAAACAAACUGUAGUCUGCUUCUCUGCGUGGGUGGAUGGAUUUAAAGCAAAAGUAGUUUCUGUUUUCCAAUAUUUUUGUUCAGAUGAUUCAACUUAGUACAUUAAUCCAAAGGAAUCGUAUAACUUAUUUCUAACCGAGGCAAAUGAGACUGGUUAGUCUGUCAAAAUGUUUUAAAAUAUAUAUUUUUGAAAUUGGUUUGAAACUACAGUAUUACAUCAUAAAAAAAAUUGAUAUAUAAAAUACAAAGAGAAAAUGGUCGUGAUACAUUUUAAUGACAAUUUUAUUGAAUCUAAGGUAAAUAACUAGAUGUUCUCAUACCUACACUAUCAAUCAGACUUCUAAUACAUUUUAAGAAGACUUAAAACUUCUCAUAAUAUAAAGCAACUAGAUUUUGAUACGCGCUUUGAAUUAUUUUGGUUUAAUAUUUGUUUCAAUUAGAAUUUAUAAUUUUAAAUAUUUUUAUAUGUUUUGUGAAAUUUAUUUUAUUUAUUUUUAAAGUGUGCUAAAUUUGUUGGGAUAGGAAAUAAUUAUGAUCACCCUUUAUACUAUUUUAAUUAAAAUAAUUUAAAUUUAUAUGAAAAAUAUUUUAUUAAAAUUUGUAAUUUUAGUUUUGUUAUAACAGCACAAUUUAGUCUUCUAUCUUAAAUCUAUGAAUAGAAGGUGCAACUUUAUUUUGUGACAUCCAUUUGUGUUUGUGAAAAAUAAUUCAAAAUAUAUACUGUAAAGCUCUAUCUAAUAUUCUUUGAAGAUUCAAACUUAUUUUAUGACAUGAAACCGAAACAUUACAAUACAUUUUAACCCGUUUUACAUUGGUUACAUUUUCUAAUAUUAUUAUAAAAUUGAUAAUAUUUUUGUUCAACCCAUUGUAUUUUACAUAUUUAAUAGAAGAAUUACAAAGUAUAAAAUUGUAGAAACAUCAAACACAACUUGAUUCAUUGUAUAACACUAUAACUAAAUAAAAAUAUCAUCUAAUUUUAUUAUUUUAUUAUUAAUCUAAUUUAAUAAAUAAAAAUAAUUUUUUAAAAUUAAGUAUUUUAUAUUAAAAUUUGUCUGCAUGUUAGGUACUAUAUUACGUUUUGGAGUUUAUUCCAAAACUUUUUUGGAGUUUAUUCUAAAUCAGAAAAAUUAUAAUAAAUAGUUCAAAUCUCUCAUUCUUAAAAUUAUAAUAGCCAGAUAUGGUAUUAGGGAGAAACAAAUAUUAAACAUGAUCAAAUCUCUCAUUCUCCAAACAAACUCAAAAAAUAGGUUAUUGGAAUCUUGUCAUGAUAUUUCAUUAAAAGAUUUUUAGGAUAAAAAAUCAAGAGUAAAUUAUUUAAUUUGAAUGAAAUAAUAUAUAUAUAUAGUGCUUCCAAUAUCAAAAAUCACUUUGAUUUGAAAAAAUAUAUUUAUGGGAUUGUGAGAAUCAAAUAUAAUAUGAGAAACCACCUAUUUAAAAAAUAAUUUGUACACAUAAAAAUAUAUACAUUAGAGUAAGCACAUAAUU